UGUUUGUUAUCUCAUUUUCCCUCGAAAAAGAAGGCAUCUUUUUAGUGGUUCUUCUCUAAUUUCGAGAAACAGCAGGGAUGCAUCCUUGAAAUCAAGAAAACACCGUAUUUGCACCCACAUUCCCUCCAUCAAACCUUCGGGGAAUCGCCAUUAUUGCCCCCCUCCAGCUAUCAUUAGCAACACCGGCAGGCAGAGACUCUAGAAGCCAGUAAGAUAGCGAAUAUCGGCCCCUCUUCUAUGCUAGAGAAGACGAACUCUCGUCUUUCACCCUUGUUCUGACUUCUUGAUUUGUUUUCCACGUUCAUUUGAAGAUACCCAGAUUCAAAAAAUGGCGGGUUCUUGAGUCUUACCUGUCGCACAAGAGUUUUAAUGAUUAUCCAUUGUCAUAGGACGGUGGACGCCUGAUUUUAACCUCUACAACUAUGGCAAAGCUCAGGGUGCUUCGCGGACUUUGAGUGGUUUACCGGAUACCGUGACGUGAAAAAUGGCGGAUUUCAGAGUGAAGAGAACGGUGCAUACACAUACCAAGAUCAGGAAUGUUCCGAUCGCGGUGACCCCAGAAGGUUUCUGGUGCUGCCCUUCUCAGGUUGUCUUUCAAAAGGGCGACCUCUCGAGAAGAAAAGAGAGGGACCCGUCGCCAAGAACCAACUCUAUGAGGAGGCAGAACCACCAGAAGGAGACGAAGUCUUCUCCUGUUAGGUCCAGAGUGGUAGUUCCCGAUGAACAGAGAUGCCCGAACCCGGAGCCUGAGGAGAAUCAUAGGGUGGAGAAAAGAGUUGUGUCUGUUGAGUAUGGCGAGGCUGGGACCAGGGACUGUGAGGUACUUUUGUCCGGGAAACAGGGUUUCACCGUUAAGUUGAGCGUUCAUAGGGACGUUCUCGCCGGGAAGAGCACUUUCUUCGGUGAAAAGAUUGCGGCGAACUCGGCCGAUCCCUGUAGCAUUGAGAUCGGAGAUUGUGAAGAUGUGGAGAUUUAUGUGGAAGUGGUUGGCUUGAUGUACUGCAAAGACAUUAAGCAGAGGCUGAUCAAGCAGAGCAUUUCUCGGGUUCUUCGACUUCUCAAGGUCGGAGAAGCACUUGGGUUCAAUGCAGGUAUCCGGUCUUGCCUAGAGUUCCUGGAAGCAGUGCCAUGGGUUGGAGAGGAAGAGGACAAGGUCGUAACUUCUCUUCAGGGUCUUCAGGUUGAUGCUCGAGGAGUUACUCCUUUGCUUAGACGGGUUUCUCCAGAAAUCACCACCACACCCAGUGGUAUUCUUUCCCAUAUACUUGAUCUUGUUGUCAAAGGAAAUGAAGAGAAAGGUCGGCGUGAGAUGAAAACGUUGAUAUUGAAAUUGUUAAAGGAAUACAAGUUUCCAAACAAUGGAACAGCAGAUGUCUGCAAUGAAAAUCUCUACAGUUCUUGCAGAAGCUGCUUAGAUGCGCUCUUGCUUCUCUUCAAUCAAGCAGCAGAGGCCAGGUCUACGGAUACAACUGCAUACAGCAAAGAAUCUAUCGCGAAGCAAAUAGCUCUACAGGCUGAUAAUCUUCUAUGGUUGGCCGAGAUCUUAAUAGACAGGCAAGCAGGUGAUGAGUUUGUGCAUCUUUGGUCAAGUCAAAAUGAACUGGUGAUGCUUCACCCGAAGAUCCCAAUAGUGUCACGUCACCUGGUCAGCUGUGUGACAGCGAGGCUAUUUGUAGCAAUAGGUAGAGGCGAGGUGUUGCCAUCCAAGGACACCAGGUUUCUCUUGUUAGAUAAGUGGUUGCAGCCAUUGAUUGAUGACUACAGCUGGUUGCUGCAUGCGUGCAGAUCAUUUGAUGGGAAGUUGGUAGAAGAAGGUAUUGGUCGCACCAUUUCAACGCUUCCACUUGAAAAUCAGCAAAGCAUUCUGCUUGCUUGGUUAGGAAGUUUCUUGAAGAUUGGAGAUAACUGCCCAAAUCUGCAACAUGCCUUUGAGGUGUGGUGGAGAAGAACCUUUGUGAGGCCUUUUUCGGAAGAGCAGCAAUGUUUGCUAGAAAGCAGUAGCUAGUUGUGGAAGACUGUCUUCUUUACUAAUAUGUUCAGGUAUGAACCUCACUUACUAGUGUGAGGUGUGGCGGAUAGCCUGCAUGUCAUGGGUCAGUAGCAGAACAAGCAGAAGUGACGAACUGCAUGUUCAUAGCAGAGAAGAGUAUCGGCUGCUGCUGCUGCUGCUUCUCCAAUUCUGAAAGUGUGUGUAAUAUGGAACUUUUGAAACGAGACUACGGUGACUCGUUCAAGAGGUUUGUGUUUUGAAAGUUUAAAUUAUAUAGGCGUGUUUUUUCCUUUAAUAAAUGAAAGAUUGGACUUCUCAA